GUGGGCGGCGGGGAGCCAGCGGGCCGCGGGCGCCGGCUCCCGGGCUGUCAGCUCCCGGCCGGGACGGCGCGAGGAGGCGCGCGAGAGGAAGGAGCCGCGGGCGCUGGGCAGCCGCCUCAGCCGCCGCCCGGGGGGACUAGGUGAAUUCCCCUUCCGUGUCCCUGCUGCCGGUGCCUCGGUCGCGUCUGAGGAGGCGAGGUCCUUCUCGCACCGCGCUCCCGGGCAGGUGAUAUGGAGGGAAAGUCUCGGCUUUGGCCGCGGCGCCGGGUUCGGGCGCAUCCCAGGAGCUAACUCUGCAUUUGAGCCAAAACAGAAAAAGGAGUUGGGGAGAGAUACUUCAUUCUACUUUAGAGAUCCAGUCCCUCUGUGGAACUUCUAAACAUCUUCUCUUAGUGGAAGUGCUGUUUUCUGCACAAUGAAGUCAACAUCUUAAUUUACACCAGCGUUCGUGUGGUUCUGAUUCAUCUGCUCUGGUUCACGAAGCUUGAGAUCUAAGGCAAACAGGGUCUUUUGCAAUGACAAUAUGACUAAUAGUAAAGGAAGAUCUAUUAUUAAUAAAUCAAGUGGUGGUCGAAGCAGUGGAGGAGGUUUUGUGGACUGGACUUUAAGUUUAAAUACAAUUCAGUCUGAUAAGUUUUUAAACUUACUGCUGAGUAUGGUUCCAGUAAUAUACCAGAAAAACCAGGAAGACAGGCACAAAAAAGGAAAUAGCAUUUGGCAAGAUGGGUUAUCACCUGCAGCGCAGACUUUCAGUAAUAGAUCCGAACAGCACAUGGAAUAUCACAGUUUCUCGGAGCAGUCUUUUCAUGGCAACAGUGGGCACACGCCGUCAAGCUGUAGCCAAAAGUAUGAUGACUAUGCCAACUACAAUUACUGUGAUGGAAGGGAGGCUUCAGAAACUACAGCCAUGCUGCAAGAUGACGAUGGGUCUAGUGAUGGUGAUGAAGAUGUCAUUGUGGAGACAAGCCAGAAGUUACCAAAGGAGUCCAGUGGUGUCAUGGCACUGCAGAUCCUGGUGCCGUUUCUGUUGGCUGGCUUUGGGACAGUCUCGGCUGGCAUGGUUUUGGACAUAGUGCAGCACUGGGAGGUGUUCAAAAAAGUAACAGAAGUUUUCAUUUUAGUUCCUGCACUUCUUGGUCUCAAAGGGAACUUGGAAAUGACAUUGGCAUCCAGAUUAUCCACUGCAGUAAACAUUGGGAAGAUGGAUUCACCCAUUGAAAAGUGGAACCUAAUAAUUGGCAACUUGGCUUUAAAACAGGUUCAAGCAACAGUAGUUGGCUUCCUAGCAGCUGUCGCAGCAAUUGUAUUGGGCUGGAUUCCAGAGGGAAAAUACUAUCUUGACCAUUCCAUACUUUUGUGCUCUAGCAGUGUAGCAACUGCCUUCAUUGCAUCACUCCUGCAGGGAAUAAUAAUGGUUGGGGUUAUCGUUGGUUCAAAGAAGACUGGUAUAAACCCUGAUAAUGUUGCUACACCCAUUGCUGCUAGUUUUGGCGACCUUAUAACUCUUGCCAUAUUAGCUUGGAUAAGUCAGGGUUUGUACUCCUGUCUUGAGACGUAUUACUACAUUCCUCCGUUAGUUGGUGUCGUUUUCUUGGCUCUGACUCCUAUCUGGAUUAUAAUAGCUGCCAAACAUCCAGCCACAAGGACGGUUCUCCACUCAGGCUGGGAGCCUGUCAUAACUGCUAUGGUUAUAAGUAGCAUUGGGGGCCUUAUUCUGGACACAACUGUAUCUGAUCCAAACUUGGUUGGGAUUGUUGUUUACACACCAGUUAUUAAUGGUAUUGGUGGUAAUUUGGUGGCCAUUCAGGCCAGUAGGAUUUCUACCUACCUUCAUUUACACAGCAUUCCAGGAGAAUUGCCUGAUGAACCCAAAGGUUGUUACUACCCUUUUAGAACUUUUUUUGGUCCAGGAGUAAACAAUAAGUCCGCUCAAGUUCUACUGCUUUUAGUGAUACCUGGACAUUUAAUUUUCCUCUACACUAUUCAUUUGAUGAAAAGUGGUCACACUUCUUUAACUGUGAUCUUUGUAGUAGUAUACUUAUUUGCUGCUGUAUUACAGGUAUUUACCUUACUGUGGAUCGCUGACUGGAUGGUGCAUCAUUUCUGGAGGAAAGGAAAGGACCCAGAUAGCUUCUCCAUCCCCUAUCUGACGGCGCUGGGUGAUCUGCUCGGGACAGCCUUGUUGGCCUUAAGUUUUCAUUUUCUAUGGCUUAUUGGAGAUCGAGAUGGAGAUGUUGGAGACUAAUAAAUCCUACAAGCCACUCUCAAGUAACCAAGAAGGAAAUCACAAGACAACCACUUAUGACUCUUUUUCACAAUUUUUAAUUUGGUAGCAUGACUUCUGCCAGGGUAGUCUUCAGUUGGCCCUGAUUCCAUUAAAUGGCCUUAACACUUUUUUUUUUUUAAGAAAUUUGUGUUGAAAUGAGAAUGAACAGUAUUUGUGCUGCUUUUCAUAGAAUAAAUGAUAAUUUGACAUAGACAUAGACACAAGCUCAAGCUCUGAAAUUGAUUAACUAGAAAGGAAUAUAGGAUGUUUACAAUGAAUAAUUUUAGAACCACAGACGUAGCAGAAAUGUAUUGUCUUACUGUUUAACUUAUAAUGCCAAGAGUUUUGGUUUCAUCUUUCUUGUCUCACAGAUGUAUUUGUUCUGCAAAGCAGACUUUAAAAUGGAAGGGGCCCAAGCAAGCUUGUUUUACUUAUGCCCACCUCUCUGCCAGCUGAGGAUCCAUUUACCAAUUUGUUUGCUCCUAACCUGACCUCAAUAUGUUCUGCUGAGUAUGAGAUAAACUCACUUUUAUCUGCUUGUUUGAAUUUCUCUGUGCCAAUGCUAAUUUUAUUUCAACCCUGCAAGUUCUCUGCAGGCUACCCUUUAAACACAGAAUUGCCUUUAGUGAAAGCAACGGGUCAUUUUGAUGAUUGAUUUAUUGAAAGAAGGUUGAUCUUUUUCAGAAGACUUAGUAGUCCAAAAUGAGAUGACCUGAGCUGCAUUUGUAGAUCAAGAUGGUAUGAGAAAUUGUGUGUGUGUGUGUGUGUGUGUGUGUGUGUGUGUGUGGUGUGUGAAAGAGAGAGACAGAAGCUGUUGAUGGAGUGCUGAAUCUUGGCUUGUUGAUAGCGAAGAUCAUAGUGGGUGGGAUAUUAGCAUUCUGUAGUUAUUCUUUAGCACAUUUUAUUGACAUGCUUUUGUCAUGUGGUAUAAAAAUUUUGCUCUUGCCCAGAAUUUAGUAUUUGUUAGCUACAUUAUAAUUAAUACUCCUUCUUAUUUUUUUUAAAAAGGUAACAUUUAAUAUAAUCAGGAUAGCAUAAGAUUUAGAAUGAGCAGAUGGUUCAUUUGUUCUUAAGAGGUCUGCUGAAACUUGCAGGCUUGCCAUGUUAAAGGCGGAGUUGGUGGGUCACCUCAGUUCCUGUUCUGCCUGUGCACUGUCUCCACACAGGCUCACGUCUGCACGGGACACUAUCAGGUACGCUGCUGUGGUUCUCAAAUAUUUUUCUAAAACUCUGAUCUGUAUUCAAAACACUUGACCAACACCUUAGUUAUUCAAUAGGUAAGCAUUUUUUAUAUUACAUACAUUUUGAAAAAAACAGUGGAAUCUCUCAAGAUUGUCAGAUAUUUAAUAAUCUAACUGAUGAAGGGAAGAAGAAAUGCACAUUGAUCAUCAUGGUUUAAAUUGUGAGUUAGUGUUAGCAUUAUAUAAAUAGUAGGUUGUUUGUAUAUAUAUUGAGGGAAGUGUUCUUAUUAAGCUCUUUAAAAUAAAGGGACUGUGGUUUAGAAUUAUAUAUUUUGCUUAUUUUAAAACUUUAAUUAUUCCAUUCUUCUGCCUUAUAAUGAAGUUAUAAGGCAGAGAACUGAACUAAUUAUAGAAUUUCUCCUUUGGAGAGUUAUAAUAUCAUGUAGUGAACAUUCUGCAAAAUUUUUUAUUUAAAAAAAUCCGUAAAUAAUUUCUCUGAUUUUGUUAUAAAGCACUUGUAAAUUAUUUAUAUUUGGGCUGUAUAAUUCAUAAGCAUUUAUAUUUCCCAACAAUUUCUGUUUUCAUUUUUUUACCUAAAAAAUGGAUAGCAAAUCACAUUUUUAAAGGAUUUACCAACUUUAGUGCAUUACAUAUUCCAAAGCACAUUCAAAUACAUCAUGUUAUUUAGUUCUCACAACAGUACAUGUGAAAUAGGUCAGAUAGAUAUUCCUAUCUCUUUUACAGCAGAAGGAAGUGAAAGUCAGCCAAGUUACAUUUUUAAUGUUGCACAGCUACAAAGGGCCCCAAAUUGUGAUUUAGUCUAGAUCAUCAAUCUCCUAAGCCAGUUCUUUUUCUGUGACCCUCCAAAUGUACCAAGUGUAUACAACUUGUCAACUAUGAGGAAAUCACCACAGAAACAAGAUUUUCUAAAGUAGAAUAGAGUAUUGCUACAUCUUUCCAACUUCAGACAGGGAAAUCUUCACUUAAUGUAUCUUACUGGUAAAUAUAGUUAAACUCUAAAAUUAUUCAUGUUCCUAAGACCAAGGAAAUCAAAGAUAAAUGAAAACUUUAGAAGAAAGGACAAUGCCUUAUUUCCUAGACUAUUUAAUUGCCUUCCCAAAUCUAGCCGUUUUCCAUAGAUGCUAAUAAAUAACUAGAAUGACUGAUUUGAGUUCUAUCCUCUUUCUUUUUUGCUACCCAAUCUUUGUUACAGCAACAAAAUGUCUAAAAGACAUGUAAUGGGGAAAAAAAUAAAGACUUGGAAAAAUCAGUCACCAAUUAGCUGAAUUAAUUUAUAAAAGAGAUUUAAACUCUUUUAAAUUAUUUUUACUUUUUUUUGAAAGCCUUUACAUAAGUAUAGAAUGAAUAAGAUAACUUUGCCUACCCACAAAAUGCAUUUAUUAUCAGUUGUAUGUAAAGCAAAUUAACAAAGUUUAUUUUUACACCACGUAAGUUUGCUUUCUGAACUUCCUCUUCUCACUAAUUUAUCAGUCACUUUGUUUAAACACGGAUAAUCUUUUCAAAGACUUUAUUUUUGCCCGCCAAUUGCUUUUUAUUCUUUAAGAAAUAAAGUUUCUUAGAGCCUAAUAAAAUAGAAACUGUUAGUAAUGUAUCUUCUGGGAGACACUGAAAAUUCUAUGGCACAGACUAUCAAUGAUGUAGCCAAAUGAAGUACAUUUUUAGGGGUCUUUCAGUGAUCGGGUUUCCUUGCCUUAUAAUACAGCUCUUGUAUAGCAUACCCAUUUAUAAUGGGCAUCUGCCAUCUCUGAAUUGUUGUAAACUCAAAUAAUAAAAUUUAAGACAUAUUUACCCAG